AACAUUGCCUUUUGAUGUAUUUGUAAAAAGAGCAGCUGAAAUCAAACAUUCGGAUUAUUUUCUUUCAGAGGAUGAAAAGUAUUAUUUACGAUCAUUGGGAGAUGAUCCUUGUGGUUCCAUAAUGUGACUUCUGAGGAAUUUGGAGUUGGAGUCAAUGUUUUCUGGAAGCAGCUUCCUUCUGAAUACUAUGAUAAAACAGAUACGUAUGGAAACAAAGAUCUCACUGCAGCCUCAAGAGCAAUACAGAUUUUGGAUAGAGCACUAAAAACCCUGGAAGAACUUCCUGAGGAAUACAGAGACUUCUAUGGUAGGAGAAUGGCAUUACGCAUCCAAGAAAAAACUUACAGCAGUAAUUAUGAAUAAUUUUUUUUUUGAAUACUUGUUUUAAGAAACAUAUUAAACUCUCUCUUGUGAACCAAUUAAUA